GAUGUGGCAGCGGAGUGUGCGUCAGGAUUCAAGCCCAAGUUCAGGCCAUGGUGCCGGCAAAGGCUGCUCCUGCAACGGAUGAGCUCGAGAAAUGCACUGCAGCUGAGCGAAGGCAGACGAAGAGGAUUUCGUCAUGAUGGAUGCCAGGAUUGCACCUUCAGCCACCAGGCGGGUCAACUCAAGAGCGUCAAGUACGCCUCAUUCGUGAGUGUGGCUCCACACUUACGAAUUGCAUCCGCACGGCAAUUCAAUGGUGUGCUCUCUCCUUUGCUUUUCAGUAGGUCCAUCACACUCAAGUUCAUCGCCGACACAUCACGGCCGCCAUCACCAUUCGCUUAUGCUGGAUGCCAUGAAGAUGAAAGAGCGGCGCAACGAUGGAAGGAGAGGCCGAGGCAAAGACGACAAUGACGACAGUGACGACGAGGAUGACGAUGAUUAUGAAGUGGACGAGCAGGAGGACCGCAUGGAGCUUUCAGGUGGGGAAGAUCUCGAGAAAGGUGGUUGUGUGUGUUUCUGUCUGUGUGCCUUUUUCCCGGACAUAGACGAAGAAGCUGACCUGGGCGAAAUGAAGGGUCCGCUGGUUGCCCGCUACAUGUGUCGCCCGCUGCGAGGAUGUACCAAAAGAGGAAACAGGACCUCACUUGGUACACCACACCAUACACCAGCAUGUGCACCUCCCUCCCUCCCUCCCUCCCUCCCUUCGUGUGUGCCGUGUUUUCGCGUGUCAUGCAGGUGUGUAUUGGGACACCAACGGCCAGUCCUACCGUGCCCGCAUCCGCAAUAUGUCAGGCGGCAAAUUCAAGCCCGCCGACUGGACCCUCCGCGGCCCCUCCAGAGGUCCUCACCGACGCCGUUCUCUCCCAUGGCUGUUGGGCAUCCCCCUUGGCCCGCGGAUGGGCCACCACCCGCUGCGCCUCUCGAGAGUCAGGAGAACAACUCAUUUGCAACACAACAACACAUAUCUGAUUGAAUGUCCUUGUGCUGUCCAUAUAAUAUGUGCAGCGUCUGACAACGACGACAACGUGACUCGCUCCUCAGGGAUGCCGUCGUCUGGUAUGGACGACGAGGAUUCCUGCCCAGCCGCCCUCCACGCCGCCUUCCACAAGGCCGCCGCCUUCAAGGGCCUGAAAGCGCACAUCAUCACCAGCGACUCCAAGGCUUUCCUCGUGCUGGCGGGGCCCUUUCGUGCUGGGGGAGGGGGCAAAUACUACGUCCAAGCCGAGGUGCGCCGCCAACGGGGGAGCUGGGAUCUUCGGGGGCUGCGCUUGAAGGUCGAGCGGGCGAGGAAGAGGGCGGGCCAGCCACCCGACAUGCGCCGCAACCACUACGUCAACAUUCAAGGAUUUCGGGUGCUAGAGGGAGGGAGGGGACAUCAGCAGCUACCGGAGAUCGCCAUGCCGCCCCAGAUCGACGACGGUGGCCCCCCAGCGAGCAAGGACGGUCAGACCCGCAGCCGCCAGCCACCGUCUUCGUCUGAAGAUGAGAACCAGCUGCUAGCAACGAGGCCGUCAGCGAGAGGCACCAUGCACAAGGUGAGAAGAAGGCACAUCGACACACACAGGAACUAGGGUGAUGUGCCAAGUGCAUGUCUGCUCCUCUGAUACGUGACUUGCUCGUCAAUGAGUGACUGCAGGCACACAAUGAGGUCCAGCUGCUGAAGGAGGAAGGUCAGAAGGGCUGGAAAAGACGGGCAGCGUGGCACGGGCAGAUGGAGGGAUGGAGGAACAGUGAGGCCAAACUUUGUCAGUGUGUUUGUUUGUUUGUUUGUUUGGUGCAGAGAAGGAGACUCAGUGUGAGACGGCUGGGGGAAAGCGGCAGCGGAAGGCCGACGAGUCAACGGGCACCUGCGACGUCGACUGGCUUCUCUUCAAGAUGCUCAGGUCACAUCAAACAAACCGACCAGACACCGACAAACCGACCUGCAACCAUGAUUGUUGUCUCCACUUGUUGUGUGCAGGCAAUAUCGCUGCGUACAUUUUAUAUUUUGACCGAUAUCUAUCGCCUUCCAGUGUAUGGUGUAAAAAGAAAAGACUUCUCCCUCCUGCCGAUGGCCGAGGUCCCCCUCAUGCUGCGGCGCGCCGGCUGCGGCAGGGCUAUGUGCGGCCGGACGUGGUGCACAUGUCGUUCAUACAGGAGCUGAGCCAGGCCAUGCGACUCCCGUGAAGCCCGUCAGCGGUGAGUUGGGAGGCGGUGGUCACACGCACAGACACACAGAAGCUCAUUGCCGUGUGAUGAUCCAUUCAUUCAUUGUGUCUCCCUCCAUCUGUGUGUGUGGUGCAGCCAGACGCGGCCUCAAUCGCCGCCUGCAUUUUAUAUUCGCUUGGAUUUUUCUGUUGAUACUCUGCCGCGCCCAUUUGUUACUUCCUGUUCAGAACAAGGAGGUCAUCAAGAAGAAGAAGCAGAAGAAGGACCUCUUCGCAAAAGUCGAAGGCCCUCUGAGACUCCCCAUAAAACCUGUAAACCAAUCACCUGCCUGCACAAACAGAUAGACAGACGUGCAUCUAUAUGUUCACACGCAUCCAUCGCAUCUGUAGGGCAAGGCUCCCGCUCCCCCAGUGGCCCCCACGAUCCCUGGUGAGGGUCACGACAACGGGCGUCGGACGGCCAAACCACCGGCAGCAGCAGCUGGGGCGGCUCGAUUGGUCAGGACUGAUGCACGACACAAAACACCUGGUGCUGCAACAGUUGCGGGUGCUGCUUCUGGUGGACGCGUGGCAGCAACCAAACAGGUAUGUGGGAUACACUCACUUAUGUGUGUGUGCAUUUAUGUGUGGUUUCUUUAUCCAUCCAUCCAUCCAUCAGGCCGGCAGAGGUGAAGGCCGCGGUCCAUCCGCUGGCAGACUGCAGUGCCCAAAUGGCAGGACACAGCAGGUGUGCUUACAGUACUCACACAUCACAAACACAAACGCAGACAGCCCAGCCGUCCAUCACUCUGUCUGUCUGUCUGUCUUUGUGUCAUUGAUGUGGAUGUGUGUCAGGCGUUGACUGCUGGCGGUCGAGGUGUCAGCAUGGGGCCGAUGAUGGGCCACAAGGCACCCUCACCUUCUGGUCUUCACGCUGCUCUUCCACUGGUCAAGAAGAGCACCCUGAAGAGCCCCCCACUGGUCCAGAAUGCCGACCGUCCGCGGCUGUCUGUUGUCAUGACUCAUCAGCAUCACCACGCUCGGCCUCAACCGCAUCACCACGCUCGCUAUGACAUGGUGUGUAUCCUACGUCUUAUCCAUUCCAUGCCGACACUGAGGGCCGACAGACACAAGGAGGGGCACUCGAAUCAAUGAAGCGUGUAAGUCGUGAAUGGAUAUGGCACAUCACUGCGGUAUACCUGUGUGUCUGUGUCUCCUGUGUGUGUGCAGGACGUUUCGCCAGAGGCUUGAGACUGGAUCAACCGCUGUCUACAUUAUAUAUUU